AUGACUGACGCCUGGCUGCCUCUGCUGCUGGCUCUGCUCGCCAUCGCUGGAGGGGGUCUCGGAGCCGACACAGAGGAGCGGUUAGUGGAGCACCUCCUAAACCCUGCCCACUACAACAAACUGAUCCGUCCAGCGACUAACGGCUCCGAGCUGGUGACCGUGCAGCUCAUGGUGUCUCUGGCUCAGCUCAUCAGUGUGCACGAGCGAGAGCAGGUGAUGACCACCAAUGUCUGGCUCACGCAGGAGUGGCAGGACUAUCGCCUGACCUGGGUCCCAGAGGAGUUUGAUGGGAUGCUGAAGGUCAGACUGCCGUCCAAACAUAUCUGGCUCCCGGACGUGGUUCUGUAUAACAAUGCUGACGGAGUGUACGAAGUCUCCUUCUACUCCAACGCUGUGGUCUCCUACGACGGCAGCAUCUUCUGGUUGCCCCCGGCGAUCUACAAGUCAGCGUGCAAGAUCGAGGUCAAGCACUUCCCGUUUGACCAGCAGAACUGCACGCUCCGGUUCCGCUCCUGGACGUACGACCGCACCGAGAUCGACCUGGUGCUGCGGGCCGACGUCGCCAGCAUGGACGACUUCACUCCCAGCGGAGAGUGGGACAUCAUCGCUCUGCCGGGGCGAAGGAACGAAAACCCGGCCGACCCCACCUACGUAGACAUCACAUACGACUUUGUCAUCAGACGGAAACCUCUUUUUUACACCAUCAACUUGAUUAUCCCGUGCGUGCUCAUCACUUCGCUCGCUAUUCUGGUCUUCUACUUGCCGUCGGAUUGCGGUGAAAAAAUGACUUUGUGUAUCUCUGUGCUGCUUGCCCUGACUGUGUUCUUGUUGCUGAUCUCCAAAAUAGUCCCUCCCACCUCUCUGGACGUCCCACUGGUUGGGAAAUAUCUAAUGUUCACGAUGGUUCUAGUCACGUUCUCCAUCGUCACGAGCGUGUGCGUGCUAAACGUGCACCACCGCUCGCCCACCACGCACACCAUGCCGCCCUGGGUCAAGCUGAUCUUCCUAAACAAGCUCCCAGCCCUGCUCUUCAUGCGCCAGCCUCGAAACAGCUGCGAACGCCAGCGAUUGCGCCAAAGACGAAGAGCCCAGGAGCAGAAGGAGGGCGGGCGAGGGGGUGAGGUGGGCGGCUUGAUGGUUGGGCUAGGACUGGGGAACGCUGGGGGCAACGGGAGCUCCGCGUCCGCCGGAGUGUUCGGCAAGGAGGACAGUGACCCGUGCACGUGCUAUGUGAACCGGGCCACGGUCAAACAGUUCGGAGGCGAGCUGGGCGGGGCGGGGGGGUCCAUGGAUGGUCUGAACAGAGUGCGAGAGGCGAGAGAGGCGGCGCGGGGCAAGCAGGCGCCAGGGGGACCCGCGCUCACCCAGGCCUUGCUGGCUCAGGCCUGUCCCGGCUUCGAGGAGGCGGUGGAGGGCGUCCGUUUCAUCGCCAACCACAUGAGGAGUGAGGACGACGACCAGAGUGUGAGCGAAGACUGGAAGUACGUGGCCAUGGUGAUCGACCGCCUCUUCCUCUGGAUCUUCGUAUUCGUGUGCGUCUCCGGGACACUGGGAAUGUUCAUGCAGCCGCUGUUCCAGAAUUACACAGCCAAGACCAUCACCAGCACGCCGGGCUGA